AUAAAGAUGUGAUGUAUCAUGUAUGUUAAACAAGAAAAACGGAGACGUUACUGUGUUAGACUAAGAAACGACGUCGUUUAGUUUGUCGACAGGCACAUCUCCUGAAGAAGGGCAAGUCGUCCCCGGCUCUGAGGUACAAUUAUGAGCAUUUACUCCUAAAUCCAGUUCAACACGCCCGUUGAGUGUCGCGGCCAACGUUCGAAAAUGGGUAAAACCACAUCACCACACGUAAUUUCAACCCACACAUUUAAUUCACAUCAUAAAAGGUAAUAAAGCUGGAUCUGAUCUAAUGUACCGCACUACCCUCACACUCAAUAAGACUGACUUACAGCAUCCGUUGAGUUUGUGUCAGGCUACGUGGAGGGCAGGAUGGGAAUGUGCAGAAUGAAAAAUCGUCGGGGCGAGGGUAGAAAGAGCACAAAACGGUCGAGUUUGUGGGGGCCACGUUGAAGGGAGUUUGGGGGUGUGGUCCUUUUCCCUUUUUUUUUUUGUUUUGUCAAUGCUGCAGACUGGUGGGGCCUACGCCCACCAUCUCGAUCUCGGCAACGGAUUCUCUUUCCUCCAUAAGAGGCCUGUCUCUGUCCCUCUCAUCUCCUCAGUCACUCACUUCUACUCUCUUCUUCUCUGAGGACAAGGUUUUCUCUCUCUCUCUCUCUCUCUCUCUCUCUGUCUAAGGCUCUCCUUUUCUCUGAAACGGAGCAUGGAGCGUCGAGCAUUGCAUUCCUUCCUCUUGGUUAUUUCGAUCUUUGCAUUUGCAGAUGCGGGUUCAAUUGGAGUGAACUAUGGGCGAAUCGCCAACAAUCUGCCAUCAGCAGUGAAGGUGGUACAGCUUCUGAAAUCGCAGGGCAUAGAGCGAGUCAAGGUCUUCGACACCGACCCGGCGGUCCUGAAGGCCCUUGGCGAAUCCGGCAUCAAAGUCACCGUGGACUUGCCCAAUGAGCUCCUCAUCUCCGCUGCCAAGCGCCAGUCAUUUGCCAACACAUGGGUCCAGAAGAACGUCGCCGAUUACUUCCCAGCCACAAAAAUCGAAGCCAUUGCCGUCGGAAAUGAAGUGUUCGUGGACCCACACAACACCACCCUCUCCCUCGUACCCGCCCUGAAGAACAUUCAUAAAGCUUUGGUCAAAUACAAUCUCCAUUCCCAUAUCAAAGUCUCAUCUCCCGUAGCUCUCAGCGCCCUCCAAUCCUCCUACCCAUCCUCAGCCGGCUCAUUCCGGCAAGAACUCAUCGAACCCGUGUUCAAACCCAUGUUGGAGUUUCUCCGCCAAACUGGCUCUUACCUCAUGGUCAAUGCCUACCCCUUCUUCGCUUACGAAGCCAACUCUGACGUCAUCUCUCUCGACUACGCUCUCUUCAGGGAAAACCCGGGCGUGGUCGAUGCGGGUAAUGGGUUGCGCUACUUCAACCUUUUCGAUGCCCAAAUCGACGCCGUUUUUGCAGCCAUGUCCGCUCUCAAGUACAACGACAUCAAAAUGGUCGUCACCGAAACAGGCUGGCCCUCCAAAGGCGACGAGAACGAGAUAGGCGCGAGUGUCGCCAACGCCGCCGCCUACAACGGCAACCUCGUCCGCCGAAUCCUCACCGGCGGCGGCACGCCACUGAGACCCAAGGCCGAUCUCGUUGUCUUCUUGUUCGCGCUCUUCAAUGAGAACAAAAAGCCAGGUCCUUCUUCUGAGAGAAACUAUGGGCUCUUCUACCCUAGUGAAGAGAAGGUUUAUAACAUUCCAUUUACAGUCGAGGGCUUGAAGAACUACCGGGACAUCCAGUCUCCGGUGACCGGCGGCGUGAGGGUGUCAACGCCGGUGACCAGGGGCGGAAGUGUGUCGCCGAGCUCGUCGGGGCAGACAUGGUGCGUGGCGAACGGCGAAACGGGGAAGGAGAAGCUGCAAGCGGCUUUAGACUAUGCCUGUGGUGAGGGACAAGCUGAUUGCCAUCCGAUCCAGCCCGGUGCCACGUGUUACGAUCCUAACACCCUUGAGGCCCACGCUUCGUUCGCCUUUAAUAGCUAUUAUCAGAAGAAGGGUCGUGUGAUUGGCACGUGCGAUUUUCAAGGGGCGGCCUACGUUGUCACGCAAGCACCAAGUGCGUACUCUUAUCUUACUCUUCUCUCUUCCCUCUCCCGCGCCCCCCUCCCCCCUUCUCUUUCACUCAUUCACAAUACAUGGUCCGUGUUGGACGAAUACCUAAGGCGUAAUGCGCCCCAGUAGCCCUGGGUCCGAGUGGUGCGCGCCAGGUUAGAGAAGUGUCAGACGAAAGCACGUGAUUGGCUUUGAUGUGACAACCUGUCCUUCAAAUCUGAUAUGGCGUAUGUUUUCCGGGCCUGAGUAUUUUGCCCUGCUUUUGAUGGGCCGCAAUCUCGGACCAAAUUGGCCCGUUAUUUGCGGACCUCAAUUUGAUGAUAAGUAGGGCACUCAAGUGUUGCACUGUCACAAGUAGAUUUACGAAUUUAUUUUAUUUUAGAUCAACCACGUGGCACUAAUUCAUUGGACACUUGUUGUGUGGAUGUGUUUUAUUUGACCAAGUCAUAUUUUGUUUAUCUAACUAAAGAAAUUGGUUUGUUUUUUGCAGGGUUUGGGAAGUGUGAGUUCCCGACUGGAUACUGAAGAGAAAGAGACUGGAGUGGUUGAGUGAUAAAAGGCUUUGGUUUUUCCAAUUUUUGGGGGUCCAACUAUGUAUUUAUUUUGGAGUAGUUGGAGGGUUGGUUUUUAGAAUAUUGUUUUGACUGUGAUAUGUCUAUAAGUAAAUUUUAGGUGUGUUAUUGUAGUUGACGCUUUCUAAUCUUAACUUCAAUCUGUUUCUUCCAA